AUGGCUGAUCCAGACACCGGCGGCGCAACACGAGCAGCGGCCCGAUCGAUCCAGCCACCGGCGGCGCGUCCCCUCGAGCGCGAGCAGCGGCCGAUCCAUCCACCGGCGGCGCGUCCCCUCGAGCGCAAGCAGGGGCCGAUCCAGCCAUCGGCGGCGCAGCGCGAGCAGCAGGCCAUCGAUCCAAGCACCGGUGGUGCGGCGCGAGCAGGGGCCCGAUCGAUCCAGCCACCGGCGACGCGACGCGAGCAGCGGCCCAAUCGAUCUAGCCGUCGGCAGGGCGGCAUGAGCAACAGCUCGGUCGAUCCAGCCAUUUGCGGGGCGGGGCGAGCAACGGACGGUCCAACCACCGAGGGGCGUCGCAAGCAGAUCUUCCUGUUGUCCACGAGCCUGCUUGCUUGGUCUUCGCCCAGAUCAUCCAUCCAUCCAUAG